AAAAAAAGACAAAAUUAGCAAUGACGAACGACCUCCAUCUGGAAUUCUGAAUGAUUCAACGACAGAAUUAACCUGUCUUGGCAUGCGCGCCACCUGGUCGUCCUCCAUUGACGAAUCCUCACCUCACGAGCUCAUACAUAAAUACCAUGGCGCGAGCGCACGCUCCCGCAGCACGACCGGGGAAGCAUGGCCACGCAUCAGGAACUCAACCGCACCUUCAUGGCGGCGGCGGCGGCGCUCGUCCUCCUCCUGGCGACGACGGCGCGGGCGGGGAUCGAGGAGGCGUGCCGGGGCGCGGUGAGCCGGGACUCGGCCGUGGACUACGCCCACUGCGUCUCGUCCCUGUCGUCGGACCCGCAGAGCCGGCGGGACGCGGCGGACAUGCACGCGCUGGCGGCGGCGGCGACGCGGAUGGCGAUCGAGCACGCGGCGGCGACGGAGGCGAGGUUCGACGGGCUGGGCGAGGCGGAGGAGUCCCCGCGCGCGCGGGCCAGGCUGGGGCACUGCCUGGAGGUGUACGGCGCCGCCACCGACGUGCUGCGGGACGCGCUGGACAACAUCCGGGCGCGCGUGUACGGGCGGGCCGUGGAGCAGAUCGCGGCGGCGCUGGGGGCGGCGGAGCGGUGCGAGGACGCGUGGAAGGGGGAGGAGGAGCAGCGGAAUGUCCCCGCCGUCGCCACCGAGCACGACCGGGAGUACGGCCGCUUGGCCACCGUCGCGCUCGGGCUCACCGCCGGCAUCGCCUGACCCGCCGGUCUGGUCGGCUCCUGGAGCGCGCGGACAUCCUAUCUAGCACUAACUAUUUUGUUAAUUAUUACUGGAAUAACCAAGAAUUCGAAUAAGAUAGUACUGCAGUAAAAUAUUACGACCAAUGUUCUUCCCAUCCAUAUCAUUUGCCACAAAAAUAGAUGUAUCUACACUUAAAAUGUAUCUAGAUAUAUCUAUAGUCACGUGCUAUGAGAAAAGGCGUCGAGCGCGUUUGGUAAGCUGAG